AAUUUCAUGGCGUCGGCAUAGUUGGAAUUUUAUUGAACAAAGCAGUGAAUAGUUUAUACAACCUGAGCGGCUAUUUUUAUUCUCGUUUCGAUUUGUGAGCAGGAUGUGUUGAAAUAAGCAGACGAUAGUUGUAUUUUGUCAUCUGCAGUGGGAAUUGACUAUAAAUACACAGGAUAGAGAGUGAACAGCGUGUUUCAGUAGCAUUUAAAUACAAGGUGAACUUCCACAAGCACUGGGGAAUAACCUUUCCAAUGGUCGCAACUGCCUUCAAUAGGAUCUGGUAGUAAGACGUGGACCUUGACGUAGCGGCGCGGCUUGAGCAGCUGAGACAGCGGGACAUUCGGUCGACCAAGAUGGAGGCGGAGUUCGUGGGCUACUACUUGGGCCGCUCCCUCCUCUCCAAGGGAACGACAGGGCUGGGAACCAUACAAAAACCACUCCGCGAGAGGUACUUCGCGUUCCGGAAGUCUGCGGAGAAUAAACCGGGACCGGAAGUUGGCAUACGAGUGAAUCCGCGAGGACUGGAAAUAGUGUCGUCCGGGGGCCAUCCGGGACAGGACAAUGAUGAAUUUUAUGAUCUGCCGUCAAUACAUUUUAUCGAAGCUGUAAGUUUUGUGACGGUGAAACAGAAAGACAAGAAAAGUUACGGAGCAUUUAUUCCUAUACAGGAAAGCCCUGAUGCGGUACAGGAGAAAUUGUUUAUGCAAAUUGAAAAGAAGUACAGUCACAUGACUAAGAUGACUCAUCCGCCACUACUUGCAUGCAUAAUGCGACGGCCGAGUGGAGUGAAGGCGGUAGAUUGUCACAUGUUCCUCAUUCCAAGACGUGAGGAUGCUUUAGACAUUGCAGACAUGGUGCAUAGGUUUCAGGAACGUCCCGGGCACCCGGAUUUUUAUUAUGGACCUCCCGCGCAGGGUGGGCGGGACUUUCCCCCUACUCCACGGGAUCAAGGCAUGCUGACAAAGAGUUAUGAACGUCCCCAUGACUUUCCUCCGAGGGAUUUAGGUGAUUCAAGGAGGAAUGAAAUUAAAAGUGACAGUUAUGAAAUUUACCAAGGCGUGAAUCGUGGUGUUGAACUUCGUCAAGAUCAUUUUAAAGGUGACGAACCAAGAGGUGAACGGCCGCGAUCUGAACCAAAUAACAGCUUUGAACGCGACCGUUUUCCUUCUCACAAAAGUGCAAACGAUUACGAUUAUGAGUACACCCGUGAUCGCGGGCUACCCGGAGACGCUCGUAUGAAGCCCGAUCACCGUGAUCGUGACCCGCGGGACUUCACCUACCCGCCAUUCGGGAUGAGUGACCGAGAUAACGUACAACGGCGGUCUCGGGAAAUUAAAGGUCCGAAUGGUGCAAUGAUAGAGAGAGAUACUUUGGGCAACGAGUUUGCAUUUGACAAUCAAAUUAGCCACGAACGCCAGCGGUCUUUUGGAAAUAGAAGUAAUGAUCGAUACGACAUGGAUAGAGCGCCAAUAGACCGACAAGGAGGUGUAUCACCAAGAAACGAGUUUGCUGACAGGCCUGGUGGUGGGCUGUCACCCAAUGUGGAGUACGGCGGGAGGUUUCCUGGUCGCCCAGGAAAUCGCACCCUGGAAGAGAGUAACGGCCCGCCGCCUUGGUCAGCCCAGGGCAGGGGAUACCCAAAGCCGCCGGACAGUGGUAACUACGAUGGUCCUCCAUAUCCGCGCCCGUACAGGACAGAACCGCAGAUGCCGACGCAGAUUCCAAGGGGUCGCUCCCCGCCUCGCGGACAUUCCUCCCCUAGGUCUCGUUCACCGGAACAUGACGAAAUCUACUCCGCCUCCAACCUCGAAAGCCGGGUAGAAGUCGAAACUCACGGUAAACCGGUCGCAAAAGUUCCACCCAACCGUCAUGCAGGGGUCAGGGUGCUUCCAAGCCUUCCUAUUGUAGGGGCCCUCAACCAGCUGAAACGCGUCCCGAAGAAAGAAGAUGAGUCGACAUCAAAUUCGAUCCCAAGAGACACAAAGCCUCCCUCAUAUAACUUUAACAAUAACAACAACACAAGCGUUGAGGAUGAUGAUGAUCAAAAUCCAUAUGACAACGCCAAAUUGCCUUUCCGCCAAACCCGGGCUCAGUCGGACCGGAGUCCCCUUGUUAACCGAAGAAACGAGCCGGCCAGGUCCAGUGUAGAAAAUAAAGUGAAGAGUGACGACUACAGUCACGGGUAUAGCCACAAACCAGCACAGGAACAGUGGUCUUUUCAGGACGAAAAAGAUAAGUAUGUGCAAUCGAAGGACAGUAACUCUGGCUUGAAUAAGGGGUAUCCAUCAAAGCCGGCUUACGAGAUGGGACAAUCGGGGAGAGUAGGCAAAACUGGGGAACACGCCAAAGAUCUAGAGAUAGAGGAAAUGUUUUCAUAUUUGAACACGGACAAUCCAAAACAUGCCGAGCACGACUUUGAACGCUCGCUCGGUUAUCUCCCUUAACACACAAAGAUCUAACACUAUACUCAAGUGAUGCUAUGUGCUAAAUGUAUACACUUAACGGUUUGCCACCGAACUGGUGCCAUACGUUAUUAAAUUUACUUAUUUAUUAAGGGCAUGUAUAUAUGUUGACAUUUAGACAGGUUGCUCAAAGUGACACGUUAGUUAGUGUUUUGUCAGUGUCAUAUAUAUGACCUACGCUUUGUUCGUUUAUCAUAUAAUUAUUCAUACGUUCAGUGUUGCUCGUUGUUGUUUGCCUUUAAAUUCCUCGAACACUUGGCUAAUAGUAUGAGAUUGUAUAUAAAAAUGUGUGCGCAGAUUGUAUGCGGAACAUUUUAGAUAACUAACAGUUUUAAACGUUCAUUUUUUGGCUUAACAGUUUAAAAAAAAUCAUUAACUGAUCAUAUUUUUAUUUGUAAACGACUCCGAACAUUUUUCUCCGAAACCAAAACAAGUGCAAUUACAGACUGUUGUUUUUGCAUCAACUAUAGUGAUAGAUUGUUAAGAAAAUGCAUUAAACACCUUAAUCAGA